UGUUAGAUGCUAUAUUCCAUUCCAUGGUAGCAGCCUGAAGCGCCUGUUUUUGCUUAAUUUGUUGAGGUAUGUUGUGGAGUUUGAAUUGACGUCUAUCGCAGCUUCAGAUGGACGCUGAGGCCAGCUAGUGAGGCCAGCUAGUGACACCAUCGCCUGCCACGUGAAAGCGCGCUUCGGCGCGGGCGCUUCUGACCGUACAGCGACUCCCCCACACUAGCACCUCAGCACAUACUAUCACGUUCAUGGCGAAACUCGCAACACCAGCUUCAAGCUCCAACACGCCGAGAUCCUUCGCAAAUACCCAUGGACAUGCGCGAUCGGCCGCGCUUGAAGCUGUAAGCUCGCGACCACGACGCAAACAGCGCCGCCCAACCAAGCAAGCGUCGUAUGAGCUCACCAACCAUGCCAAAGCCUACCUCGAGGGCGGUCAAUACGCCAGCGGCUAUGACUUCCUGUACAGCCUCCUCGCCGCGGGCACCAGCAUAUCGAGACCUGCGCAGCCAUACAUAGGCUUUCUCGCACCGCCGGCAUACAUCGCAUUCGCCUCUUCCAUGGUCGUCGAUCCUAGAUUCACCACGAAAGCGCAAUCGCGAGACGCCGCCAAAGGCUCCAAUGCCGCGCUGCGAUAUCUGCAAUGCGUGCACACGACGUUAGACGAUCCCGCAUACCCAGCGAUAAGGAAAGCCUUCAUGUUCCCAAGAGAACGCAACAGGAGGAGCGCGCCGAGCUAUAGGGCUAGUGCAAGUCUAUCACCCCAGCUGGGCAGCGACAUCAAGCGAAUAGCUGGCGAGGCUGCCAACGAGAAGAGCCUGUGGUAUCGCGCAGACGACUUCUGGCAUGCUGUGGGGUGGGCGUUCAAUUGCGCGAUAAAGCAUAAGAAACGCUGGAAUCGAUGGAAACUGUGGCUGAGUAUCAUGCUCGACUUUCUAGAAGCCGAUUGGGAUGUCUGCGCCAAACAAAGCAACCAGGAGGGAGCCAGCGACGAGACAAGCAUACAACAGAGUCUCCUCUGGCACUACAUAACCGGCGACGAGACGUCAAUGAAUCGUGCAAAGAGGCGCCGAAUCAUCAGAGCUGUAUUUGCAACAGCGACACCCGAGUCGCUAAAAGACUACCCGGAAGUUUGGGAGAGGGAAACAGCAGAGCCGAGACGGAAAAGAAACGAGAACCAGCCAGUGGGGGAAGUUGACUUCGAGACUGGGGAGUUGGCUGACUACGGUAGCGAUGAAGACAUGCAGGACGCAUCGGAAGACGGCGUGGAUGAGAGUGGCGACGAGACAUUUUCGGAAACCAGCGAUAAAGGGAUUAGAAACGUACACGACGCCAUAGAGCGCCUUGGGGGACAGGACGCGAUCGAGCUGCGGCACCGUCUAAUAGCACUCCUCGCCGAAGUGGCCGUAGACCUACCAGACCUCUUCACCAGGAUAUAUGACCUUUGUGACAACAUCUUGGAAGAGUUCAGUCAGCUCCCGACAAUGAUCUUUCAGGUACUUUUGUCUACCAUGAAGCUACCCGAUGACAUUCAAGUCGCCUUCAACGCCAACCUUCUCCAUGGUCUGAUAGCCAGCAAGCCCCCGAACUUCUUUCUCCGAGACCCUACUCAACAGGAUUUCGAAAAGACGCUUCUUCCACUCAAGGGCACAACCCAGAGCUUUGCAGCAAACACCAAGAUUUCCCUCAUCCUCGAGCAGUUGUUCAUGCACAUGAUGAAAAAUAACGCUCUCGCCCCUAAUCCAGCUCUUCGCAAGGCUAUGGAGGCUGGUAUUCAAGCUCGACGUAGUGUGUAUGGUACGGGUAAAGGCAAGAGAGGCAACGCUGAGGAAGAAGAGCAAGGAAAGAAGCUGCUGCAGGAAAGUUCGGACAGGCUGUUGGGUUUGCUUGAAGUAUUGGAGAUGGCUCAUGGUAAGACUCCGCAGUGGACGAGAGUGAAGGAAUCUGCACUGCUCUCUUUUGGCUCAGGUUCAUCGCUUUCUCCUGCGCCUGAUAGCGAGACUGAGUCCGAAGAUUAAAGAGGUAAUUGAAGGAUGUUUUCCCAGGAAUGUCGAGGCAGCUUGCUAUCAUCCAACAAGCAGCGGACUGAACGACACUGAGACUUAGGCACUCAGCCCCGCCUCGUUUUUGAUGUCCAAAAACCACACAAUGAAAUACCAGCGUAUCUGGGUUUAAACGCGUCACUAUUUGGACUCAUUACCAGCCUUUUCUUACCUAGGUGCCCUGUGCACGGUCGCACUGGUCCCAUGCCUG